ACAGCAUCAGAGUUCCGGCGCCGCGCUCUGAGCGGCGGCGCUUAAGCUCGCGCCAUGAGCGCGGCUUUUCCCAAGGAAAAGGCGGAGGAGAAGCCCCGGAAGCCGCGGAGACCCGAGAACGACCUCCAGAGCUUCCUGGGCCAAGAGAACUGGAGGCUGCGGAUCCGCAAGGAGCGGCUGCACGCCGCGCCGCUGCCGGAGUUCUCGGUGAAGCGGGCGAUGCGGGCGCUGGACGUGCCCAAGAAGCCCUGCCAGGUUCAACCGCGGUGGCUGGAUGAGUCGUCUCUGGAGGCGGAGUUUCGCAAAGAGCUCACGGUCAAGAGAUCGCCCCGGGAGCACCUGCUGUGGCCCGAGACCUCGCAGCACCAGGUGGGGUGGCUCGUGGAGGACUCGCUUGGGCUGCCCAUGGCACAACGGCCCACGCUGCACGGCAGCCCGCCCAAGCUGGGCUUCGGCUGGCACCGCAGAUUCGCGGACAAGGACUUCGAGCCCAUGGUGCCCAGUCCGUCCACCCCGAGCACCGCCUCAGGUUCUCGGCGGGCGGCGCCCGCGCCGGCUCCCGCGCCGCAGAUACUCGAGAUGCCCAGCCCGGCAGAGCAGACCUUGCCCUGGUUCCCGGGCAUCGGCAAGCUGCGGCGGCAACGGCGGCUGCAGCGGAAGCAGGCACGAGAGCCAGAGCCAAGGUGUGAGCUGAGACCGCAAUCUGCGCUGGUCCAGCCUCUCGGCCAGUGCGGCGACUCCCGGCCGCCCUCCGCUCUGCCCGGCAACUCGGCUGGCUUUCGAAUAGCCGUGCAACGGCCCGUGGAGGAUGAGUGGCUCGGCCGCGGCAAUACGCCCUGCCUGAAGCCCAGCACUGCAGAUCACGGCGUCAUCGACGCGAGGUCCCGGGAGUGCCGAGAAUUCCUGCGGCACGGUCCGAAGAGCCACUGGGCGAGGGAUAAGCCGGUCUCCGACAUGUCCUCCUUCGCUCAUGGCUACACCAUGCUGUGGGGCGGCAGCUUCUUCGGCAAGUGAAAUUUUAGAGUCUAGAUGACCCCUAGGGUCCAUCCGACGAACACGUCUCACAUGCAAAGCGCCGCCUGUGAGCCAACUUAGUUGCGAGUGUCUUUU